AUGUCCACAUCAGGAACUAGCCGAGAUAGACCACAUAUGCGACUGGUUGUCUGGGCCUGUAAACUGGACACCGUGUUUAUUGUGGUCACGUAUAAAACGGCUCUGCAGUAUCUGUUCUGGUCCUUUUUUAAAGAAAUCAUUCACCAUGUUUGGUCCCCGGAAAUCACCGUUGCUUGCAUCCGCUUGCUUUGCUCUUCUGCUCUCAUCCUGGAUAGCUUGGGCCUCGGUGGUACGUGUGGUUGCGGUUGCGGUUUGAGUUCGGGUUCUGCUGGAGGUGGCAGUUCUCUGGGCGGUGCCGGCAGUGAUUCGGGCAAUGUGUACAGCGCACCAGCGAGCCUCUGUCGUAAGUCCGCUAUGUCGAAAUUGUAA